AUGACUCCUAUCUUCAAGCCUCCUCAGACCAUUCGCAUUGUCUACCCUCGCAAGUCUUCCCCCUCCCAAUCUGAUCGAUCGCAACCCUUCUGCCGUAUCACCUCAGAGCUCCUUCACUCCCUCAGGCUCACGCACCUGACGCAAACCGACGCUGCUCGUCACCUGGGCAUCUCUCUCUCUGCCCUCAAGAACGCUUGCAAGGCGCUCGGGCUCGGGCGGUGGCCAUACUCGAGGAAAAAGGCCCCGAGGCAGAGCCGAGCAAAGGCUCUCGCCGACCAGCAGAAGGUGAUGGAGCCUCGCCCGACCGAUCACGCGGCAGAUCAAGCGUAUGAGACGUGUCCGGAGCAUGCGGAGCUGGGAGAGAGACGGGAAGAUACGAGGGAUGAGUGGGAGUAUGCAAUCGAGGAGGAGUGGCUACGGUGGUAUAUUGAGGGAGAGCUCGAGGAGGGCGAGGAAGAGGGCGAGGAAGAGGGCGAGGAAGAGGGCUCGUUUGCAUAUGAAUGCCCAAUUAAAAGACCAUGA